AUGGCGCGUGGCUCUACGAAGCCCCGUGAUCUAGACUUCUCCAAUGUCGGAACUCUUGGGAGGCGGACGGGCCUCACUAUGGAGGAGAGACAGCGCGAUGAAUACGGAAUGGAAGAAGUGGACGGACUGUUCUCUUCACCUGAAAAGUCGCCAGCGCAACAGAAUGGAUUCUCUGAUGCGGAUGACACUGGUUCAGAAAUGUCUAUUGAAGAUGACAAUGCGCCAGGACCAAUGGAUUUCCUUAGCGCAUCUAACAAUGCGCGCAACAAUUCCCGAGCUUCCGUGUCUCGGUCACCAGCGAAGAAUUCCCGAAGGUCGCCUUUUUUGCGCUCCUCUCCAGAUGACAGAGAGGAUCUUGUAGCCUCAAGCCCAUCAGAUGGCAGGCGUUUAUCAUCUGCGCGCGGGGAUCCAACCCCGCUGACCAAUCGUUCAGUAAACGCCGGCACGGCGAACAACAAAGCGGCGCGAGACCUUGGGAAAUCCCGAUUAAUCUCGACGGAAGCGGCGGAAUUUUCAGACGACGAUGGAGAGGGUGAUGAGAACGGCGACGCUUUUGCCGCCGGACAGGACGAUUACAGCGACGAGUACGACGAGCGGAAUGAGACUGUCAUGCCGCCGGACGAUGAACCUGCGGAUGAACCCGCACAGGAGGUGAAUGGUGAAGAGGAUGAUGAAGAGCAAGGAUCUCCGGAGCCGGAAAUUGCGAUACAGAGCAAGUCUGGCGCAUCGAAGUCAAAAGUAACCUCAAAAGCCGCAGCAGACAAGCAGAGCAAGGCGGCCAAGACCGCCACGAAACCCGCCGGGAAACGCGGUCGUCCUCCAAAGAAUCGACAACCUGCCGAUGAGGAAGAAACCACCGAACCUCACCCCGCUAAAAAACAAAAGAAGUCCGCGCCCGAGCCAAGUCGCGUAUCACGAGAGCCGCUGGAUCCUGAACUGGAUCGUGUCGUUGAGAAUUACGCCCAGCGAUCUGGUCCCUUGAAAGGUCGCAGCCUGUAUAUCCUCAAGCGUGAGGACCCCAGCAGCAAUGAGACCACACACACUCGCUCCGGACGAGUAUCGGUUCGACCCUUGGCGUAUUGGCGCAAUGAGCGAUGCGUAUAUGGAGACGGUGAAGCGGUCGAAGGCCAACGAUACCCUCUUUCGACCAUCAAAGAGGUCAUUCGUACGGAAGAGCUUGAGCCAGAUCGACCGAAAAGGAGCAAGAAAGGCCGCAAGGGCAAGUCCAAAAAGUCAAAGGAUGAUUCCUCAGACGAUGAUGAGAUUGACGACGAUGCCGAUCUUUGGGAGAAGGAGACCGGUGUCCUUCACGGCUACGUCUCGAAGUGGGAUCCGGUUGCACAAACAAGCACAUCGGAAGAGGAAGUGAUAGAUAUUGCCUAUGCACCUUCUGGCUUCGAGACCAGAGAAGUCAAAGGAGCUUCGUUCCGCUUCGCAAAGCUUCUCAGCUCCUCAUUUAUCGGGUCUGGUGUAGUGGAACUGCCACCCGACGGUGUGAAAAAGCCGAAAAAUUCAAAGCGAAUGCACAUGGUCUUCUACGUCUGUUAUGGUCGAGUACAGGUUGAUAUCAGUGGUGUCCAAUUCAGUGCCGGCAAAGGAUCUGUGUUCCAGAUUCCACGAGGCAAUUACUACAGUUUUCAAAAUUCUCGAAAUAGAAACGCCCGUCUCUUCUUUACCCAAUGUUGUCUUCCAGAAGGGAGUGAGGGGCCUGUGCAGACCGACCAGACUGAAGCCGCGCCACCUCCCCCGACAACCAUGACAACGACAGACACGACACCGAGUGAGUCUGAACACGAUAAUGCAGUCUCUGAACCCCCGGCUGCGAAACCACGAGGCCGUCCCAAGGGCAAACAAAAGGCGAAAUAG